AAGCGUAUACUUCUCUACUCCAGUGAGCAGAGAAGAACUUUUCUUCUGCCUCUUCCUCCUCUGGUGGCUUUUGUCUCUUUGUGAGUGGCACCUUGGCAGUGAGACUGACAGUUCGUUUAGCACAACCAAGUGUCAUACUGCCACAGCUAUAGUCGUGGUCCUCAGGAGAAUAUUGCCCACCCACUACAGGAUCAACAUGUUACGACGGAAACCAUCCAAUGCAUCUGAAAAAGAACAGGGCCAGGUGCAAAAGAAGAAGCUGACUCUGCAAAGGUCCAGCAGCUUCAAAGACUUUAUGAAGCCAAAGCCGUCGUCACCCGUAGUGAGCUCUGAACCUACACUGGAUGAAACCCAGCUGGAGAGUGCACCACCAGAGGAUUCAGGGAAAAGUAGUGGGAAACUGGGAAAGAAAUGGAGAAAUGUCAUAUCUCGCACAAUGACCCGUAAAACCUCCAAGAUGGUACAGAAAGCCCUUGCAGAGGCGGGGAACGAGAGUGGGGAGGACGGCUCUGUGUCUCCCAUAUCUCCAAUUGACUGUAUUCCAGAUCUCACUGCUGGGAACAGAGCGUCUGUGUGCUCCAACAGCUCAGAGGACACAAUACACAGUCCUCUCUCACGCCAGCUCUCUGGAUGUGCUGACAGGCAGAGUCUGGACAGUGGCUUCAGCCAGAGAGACAGUAUGAGACUGGAGGACAGCACCUACACAGGGCCCUUCUGCGGCAGAGCCCUCGUCCACACUGACUUCACCCCCAGCCCGUAUGACAUCGAAUCCCUCAAACUACAGAAAGGAGACAUCAUCCAGAUCAUUGAGAAGCCACCAGUAGGCACCUGGACUGGUAAACUCAAUAACAAAGUGGGCUCCUUUAAAUUCAUCUAUGUCACAAUACUACCAGAGGAAGACACACCACCAAAGAGGAAGCGAUGCCAGAGUCAAGGACGAAAGAACAAACCCAAACCGCAAUCCCUGGAGGAAGUUCUGGAGAGAAUAGGCCUAUCUGAGCUGGAAUCUGUCCUGUCCAUGCAUGGCUUCCAGAGUUUGGAGGAUUUCAGGGGCCUGAAGGAGUCCCACCUGAACGAACUGAAUAUUACAGACCCUGAGCAAUGUGUGAAGAUACUGAAAGCAGCAGAAUUGCUUCAUGACUCGGAGGAUGAAUCCGAUGCAGAGGAGCAAAAGACUGAAAUGCCACGGGACUCAGGUUGUUACGAGAGCACAGAGAACCUGGUAAACGGAUGUGAGGAGCCCCAGGUGGAAUCCCAUCCGGACACAGAAACAGAGCUCAAUGCUAUUCAGGAACAUCUGGAGGAGAUGAAGGUGGGGGAGAGUCCUGAGAGCCAAACAGAGUGAAGCCACCAGAAUCUUCUUUUGAUCCUGCUUCUUUGAAACUCUAUCAAGCUGGAUUGAACUCUAUGAGAAAACUAUUUCAUAUGCACAGCCCAUACAGAGGCCAGUAGGUCAGAUGGCAUAAAGAGCUUGAAUGUAGCAUCAUCUAUUUGCUCUGAUGUUAUUGUUCAGAAAGACCCGAGCUUCAAAAUCGAACUGAAACAAAGUUGUAGGAUUUUGCAAAACAGGCUGCAUAAAGUGAUCUUCCAUGGAUUAAACCUACAGCUAUGUUUUUACAGCACAAAAGAAGAAGAAUGCUGGAAUCCUAAAUAUUGAUUUUGCUCACAAGACCAAGUUUGACCUAACUGGGAUUCUGUAAUAUCUGAGAAGUUUCAUCAUCAUCAUCAUACAUUUAGCUAUGAAGUAGCAUUUUAUAUACUACUAUUCUACGGUUUCUGUCAGAAUGAAUGUACAGUUACACAACUGGUGCACUCAAAAAUGUAUUUUUGUCAGGCAUGAAAGAGGAAAAGCACAUGGUUUUGUUUUAUUCUUUUGCUUCUAUAGUCAACUAUUGUGGUCCUCGUUUAUGAAAAUGUUUGUUGUAAUAUUGUUUGUGUAGUUUUCAAAGCCAUUGUUGUUUUAAUACUUGUAUUCCUUUUCAGCUUUCCAGUUGUCAUUUAUAUUGUUGUCUGUACUUUCAAUGUUUUUACUAGUUUUAAAGAAAAAAAAAAACUUUUUUGAAAC